AUGUCUGUCAUUUUAAAGGGUGCAGUGAAAUUAUAUUACUAUUUAAAUGAAGAUAUUGCAGAUCCCAGAACACAAGAUUGGUUUCUGAUAAGGACACCAUGGCCAGGCCUGUUUAUAAUGCUGCUGUACCUAGCAACAAUCUUCCGAUGGCUUCCCGACUACAUGAGCAAUCGGCCGGCUUAUGAUUUAAGGAAAAUUAUCGCAGCAUAUAAUGCUAUUCAAAUAGUGGGCUGUGCAUAUAUCGCUUACAAAAGUCUAGCCCUAGGAUGGCUAAGUCAUUACUCGCUGAUAUGCCAAGGAGUAGACGAUGGACCUGAUAGCUUGGAAUACGCCUGGACCGUGUGCUACGCAUACUUCAUCAUGAAACUUGUUGAUUUACUCGACACGAUAUUCUUCGUCCUAAGAAAGAAACAGAAUCAAGUGACAUUCCUGCAUGUAUACCACCACUUUGGAAUGGUGGCUGUCUCCUGGGGCAUGGUCAAAUGGGUUCCAGGGGGUCACGGCACGAUGUUGGUGACGUUGAACUCGAUAGUGCACAUGAUCAUGUACGGGUACUACCUGCUGACCACGUGGGACGACUCCUACAAACAAUCCAUCUGGUGGAAGAAACACGUUACUCAAGUACAAAUCCUCCAGUUCACGCUUCUGCUGUUCCACUUCAUAUCGCUGGUGACGUGGCCUGAGUGCAACUUCCCCCGCCAGCCUGCUUACCUGCUCAUCCCACAGAACUUGUUCAUGGUCAUACUGUUCUCAGACUUCUACUACCGCUCUUAUAUCAAGUCUAAAAAAUCGUAA